CGGCCAGAAUCUGGUGCAUACCCGGAUAAACCGCCGAGCCUAAAGUACCGCAAGAAACGCGUGUAGUUAACACAUCGCCAUGGAAGAUUUACCUAAGGACCAAAUUGUUCUGCUGAAGAAAGCUUUCGACGCUUUCGAUCACGAGAAGAAGGGCAGCAUUAGCACCACCAUGGUGGGAACGAUAUUAGCCAUGUUGGGCUACGAGCUCAGUGAAAAGGCGCUGCAUGAUAUUAUCACGGAAGUAGACGAAGAUGGAUCUGGUGAGCUCGAAUUCGAGGAGUUCUGCACGUUGGCUGCUAGAUUCUUGGUGGAGGAAGAUUCGGAAGCGAUGCAGCAAGAAUUACGCGAAGCAUUCCGAUUGUAUGACAAAGAAGGCAACGGCUAUAUAACCACCGAUGUCUUCCGUGAUAUUCUUCACGAACUCGAUGACAAGCUGUCGCCGGAGGAACUCGAUCUGAUGAUCGAGGAAAUCGACGCGGAUGGCUCAGGAACGCUUGACUUUGACGAGUUCAUGGAAGUCAUGACGGGCGGGGACGAUUAAGAAGCAGACACAGACCGGGGCUGAUAAUGAAGACGGGCACUCGAAGACCGGGGCUUGCCGCGCAAUUGGUAACGCCCGCCAGGAGAGAGCGUGUUCCUUCUUCAUCAUCAUCGCCUUCUUCUUCAGCACGCGCUUCUACAAAUUACGUUAAACUACGGUCGAGCGGAAAAUUGGACGUUUACUAUCAUCCGCGGUAUCAUUCGCUGACGGUCGGCGGCUUUCAUCAUGCAAGGUGAAGACCACAACGUUUCCACACGCAUUCAAUCUACGAUAGAAGCAGUGAAAAUGAAUACCUACAAGUGCCUCGAUAAAUCGGAACAAUCUUCGUUCGCGCGCGCGCGCGCGCGAAUAAAGUAGCGAUGCAAAUUUCUUCGUCACGGUAAAAUGAGUACACGUGCAAAAUUCUCAAGCGAUUAUCUCUAAUCAUUGAUUACGUCGCGCGAGAGAGGAAAGUUAUGAUUUCUUAUAUCGUACGUUGAAUAUCACACCGAGAUUUCGUUCUGAAAGUUUACGCGUGAAAGUAUCAAAAGAUGUGACUCGGUAAAUUAUAUAAAUUAUACGCGCCAAAUUAUCAAGCGUUUUGCGUAUAAAUACUGCGUGUGUUCUCUUUUACGGCCGAGUGCAUGCACGACGCCUGAACGAUAUUACCUCGUGCGCAAAGUAGCGCAUCACAUUCAAGUGCGCAAGGCGCUACUUUCCUCGCGCGUCUAGCGCGUCGUAUCGAUUGCAUCACGAAGAUCUGACAACUUUUCAAUAAUCGAAAAAUAAAAAUCGUAAUGCUCUGUUGUCUCGAACUUUCGUAACACCUGUAUACAUUGACGCUUCUACGAAAAAUGCGGAAACGUUGUUGUUAAUAUUUUUGAAAAGUAAAAUCUACUUUUCUUGUUCACGCGAAGAGAGAAAAAAAA